AUGAGUUUAAGUAAUUUCUAUUGGGCACAAGAUUCAAUCAAAUGGUUUAUACCGAGGAAAGCAUAUUGGAUAUUAUUUGCCGCGAUCCGGGACAUAUACACAACCGUUUUAGUUGUCUGUAUGUUAGAUAUGGGUAGAAAAUUUUAUGAAAAAUAUCGUUGGAAUACUACCCUUUUUAAGAUCACAAUAAUCGAAUUGAUUAUUUUUGAUUGUGUAAAUAUUGCCGAUAUUGUUUUAAUCUUUUGGCAACAACGUAAUUUAUCAAAUUUUCCUUUAUUUAUUGGUCAGUUGCUAUUAGGAGUUAUAACAACAACAUGUUCAUUCCUUUAUGCAUUUUUACCUGUAAUAGCGUUACAUUUAAACAAUACUAAACAGCCGUCAUCAAUGACCAAAUUGAGAAAUAAUAUAAGUGCACAAUCGGCGGCAGUGGGUACAUGGUAUAUGAGCGUAACUGGUGUAUUAUCAAUAAGUUACUUGACACUUUAUUUGAUUACUUUUGUUUUUACCGAAGAAUUAAACUAUAGUCCGAUCGGUAAUGCUUUUGAUUCCAUAUUAAGAACGUGUAUUUCUCUAUCUAUUGCCUUGCCCCCUCCUAGUAAACUUAUUCACAUAAUGAAGUUAAAAAUCGUUGGUAGGAUGUCAACUUACGUUACCCCUAAGGAUCUUGAAGAUAAUCGUAAGGCUGCUGCUAAUGGAGGUGUUGAGAGAAAUUAG